AUGGCGGCCCAAGAUUACAUUGGGUUUUGGUCAAAACGUCCAUUUCAUAUAAUAGGAUCAUACCCCAUCAAUGAAUGGAAAGCAGCGAAAGAGUCUGACAUGAUUUUACGGCUUCAGAGGGUUGAGCAAUUGCGUUCCACAUUUUUUAACAGUGAUAUAGGUGCACAAGUUCACGAACAAGACCAGAAUCCAAACAAUAAGGCACAAGCUUUAUGUCAGUGGGCAAUUAAUAAGUCAUGGUCAUAUUGUCCCAAUUGUAAAAUAUUGCACCGAGAAAAGCUUUUACCCUCGUUUGAUAGUUCUAAACUGAAGACAGUCAAAUGUUGCCCUUGUUCGACCAAGCGGUACCAUAUACCUCAAGCAUUAAAAAUCCCGCUUUGUUUGCAUGGUCUUACAAGAGCUGAAGUAUUAGCACUUCGUCCACUAACACUACAUACUGGUAACUACAAAGUGCAUCAGCAUGGGUAUAGGCAAAAGGAUGGCUUUUGUAGAGUUUCGUGGUCAAAGCAAUCGGUGCUUGAGAAAAUUUCAAAACUUGAACCUGGUAGUUAUUUGAAAUGUAUGUUAGCAUAUAGGUAUUUAACAACUUCUCAAAAAUCACGUUAUAAUCAUUUUAUUGUGUUACGAGAACAGCAUAUCACAAAUGGUAAACAGUUGAAUCUAUAUGACUAUAGAGAAAACGAUGGUAUUGAAUGUGCACUUUGGCCUCACCUCUAUCCAUUUCACGAAUGGUGUGAAACUAAGUUAUCAGGCAACACUUCUCGGCAAAGUGCAAAAGUGUCUUUCACAAUGAAGAUCCGAAGUGAAAUCCUAGACUAUUCUCUUGAAUACGAUUUACUGCAAUUUGUGUAUGAUAGAUGGGUUUUUACAACUGCUUCUGGUGCUAUAUCUUCUUCUAGGGCAUUAAACGUGUCUGCUGCAACUGCUCUUUCAACAAAAACAUUUUCUGUUGAGUAUUGGAAGUGGCAUCAUCGAUACUUAGUAGAUGCUGUCCGGCAAUUCGGAUACCCUGAUGUUUUCAUUACAAUAAGUCCAUACGAAUGGACAUUUCCAACACCCCUCUGGCUGGAGAAUGCAUUCUCCAUGUCUGGAAAAAUGCCCACGCAACUUGCUCCUCUUGAAACAUUAAACAUUGUUCAUAUUUUGGAACAAACGGUUAGAGGGUACCUUUGUGGAACGAAUUCUUUGCGUUGGCGUCAGCAUGUAUUUAAUUUUGCAAAUCAAGCUAAUAAGAACAACGUUAAGAAUUUGUUUUAUAGGAUAGAAUUUCAAGGUCGAGGCACAGCCCACAUUCAUCUUUUGGUAUGGCUAGAAGAUCUUGCCAAAAGCUCGUAUGAGCAAAUAAAUGCUGAUAUACCAAAUGUUGACAAGGAACUUGCCUUUUUAGUUCAUGAUUUGCAACAAUCGCACAAGACCGUUUUGCCGCUUAAUGAAAAUCCUACGUGUUUUACAACAGACGAGGAUGGCAAACCCCACUUGUCCUUACAUUACCCACAAAGAGCAUUUGCAUUGAAAUUAAGAGCAUAUAUUUCCUCGCUUCUUCCUUUUCUGAAAUGUCGCAUGGACGUGCAAUUUUCUGAUCAAGCUGGAAUGCUAAUGCGUUAUGUCACAAACUAUGUCUCCAAGUUUAAGGAUUCGCAAUCAACUGAGUCUCUCUACUCUACACUGUUGGUUCCAGCAGAAGCUGCAUAUCGUCAUUUAAGAGAUAUGAAACCAUGUGAACCAGAAAUGGUAAUGUCACUAUCGUCCGUGAAAAUGGCAUGGUCAACUAAUGGCACUAAAAGUUAUGUGCCACCUAGACCUUCUUCUGGAGAAAACAAUUCCAUUUUGAUGAAAUACCACGGUCGAAAUGGUGAAUCAGAUGUUUCCUUCCUUGAUUUUCUUCGAACACAUGACACCUCAAAAGCAAACUGCCCUUUGUACAAGCACCAAAAAUGUCUGGUGGGUGUCAAGUAUGUAUCUUAUUUCAACCCUGACUUCUUUUUUCAAUUUAUCGUUAUGCAAAAACCGCAUAAAAAGCUAGACGAUUUGAAACAUCCAAAUCACGAGACAUUACCUGAUGAUUUGAAAUAUUUCGCUUCAUGUCUCAUAAACAUUCCAGAAUUACUAAAUGAAGGAGAAAUCCGAGACAUGUUGCAGAGAGAAGGCCAUAAAACUUAUUUUAUUGACAAUGUUGUAAAUUAUGUCUGUAAUAUGAGAAACAUAUACCAACUGUGGCAAAUUCAGGUUUUACGAAAUGACGACUUUUUAUCGUUACCAACUGAAUCACAGCAUGACAAUCUCGAUCCAAUGCAGACUGCUGUUGUCGACACUUUUAAGUCGUUUUUGCGUUUGCGAACAUGGUAUUACGAUUCUACGAUAUCUUUUGAAGAUGAUAGUUUGGUCGAGUCACAGCUGCACAGACAAGGGCGUGCAGACAUACCAAUUGAUCGUAACGAGUGGACCAAGAUAAUUUCUUUGACAGGAAAAGCCGGCACUGGCAAGACUAAAUGUCUUCAUUCAUGCAUCCAGUAUGCCAUUGAAAACCAACUUAUGUGCCUAGUUGCUGCACCUACAGGCUACCUUGCAUCCUCUUAUCGUGCUAUUUUUGAUCAGGAUAUUCAUGCAAAUACAAUCCAUUCCUCAUUUUGCAUUCCAAUAGAUGGAUCAAUGCCACAAGUCAACUGGGCCCUUGCCAUGUACGACUUGAUUAUUAUCGAUAAAGUCUCUAUGGUCCCUUUGUCCAUUUUUAACCAUAUACUUUCGACUCUGAAGCAGUUAGCAACUCGACCAAUUCUCCUUAUUUGUGGUGACAGAUGUCAAUUGCCACCGAUAAUAACCGUCAAUAACCGCACCACAAGUACAACUAGUGUUUAUAACUUAGAUUCUUUGCACGAAUUUCAAGAUCUUUCAACCUCACUAGGCAGCAUCGGUGCGUUGACGAAGAAUACUCGGAAAUUCUAA